AGCGUCCGUUUGGCUGCCUGGGCAACAGAGCCCGGCCGUCGGCUCGGCGGCUCGGAUGGAGAGCGGUGCGAGCGCCGCGUGUGGCCGGCAGUGCGACCGCGGCCGGCGGGAGACGGUGAGGGCGCGACCGGCCCGCUGGCAGGCAGUGAGGUCGCCGUCGGAUAAGUGAGGAUAAUUGUAAAAGUGAGGAGCUGUGCCACGAAAAAAGCAGUUGACAGUACGCCCGUCCAACGGAUUGGUACCGGGAGUCGAAUCAGCGGCGCACGCACUCCAUCUCCAACGCAGUGGUUGCGAGCUGCACCACAGCUCACCAGGUCGAGGCCGUGACUAUUGUCGGCGCCGUCAAACAUAUUUUUCUAGAGGGACUCCGCUGAAAACUGGUGGCUGGUGGGCAGCGGGUUCCGGCGGCUCUGGCCGGCCAUGUCCGACGGCGGCAUGCCCGAGGUCAGCGUGCACCAGGGGCCCGCCCGCCGGCUCAGCUGGACCAGGGUGCAGCUCCCGGCUGCGCUGGUACCGCACGACAGCCCCGCCGCCUCGGCGCAGAGCUGCGCCAGCUCGCCGGCGCCGCCGACGCCCUCCUUCGCUCCUCCGCCGCCCUCCCAGCCGCCCGCCGGCGCGUCGACCUCCUGCGCGACCCUGCAGCUGCCCGUGUGUCCCCCGGCACCGCAGGACGCCGAGCCCGCGGACGAGGACUCGCUGGACGAGCGCUGCGCGGCGGGCGCGGCCGCUGCGCCCGGGCCGCCGGCCGCUGACGCGCUGGCCGCUCGCCUGCGAGCCGACUCGGUGGACAGCGGCGACAUGAGCGUGCUGGGCGUGGCGCUGGUGGCCAACUGCCACGUGUCGCUGGUGAUUUUCGGCCUGUUCUUCCUGGCGGCCGGCAGCCUGCUGUGUGUGAUCGCGUUCCGCGCGCCCACCUCGGCCGCCAACGACGUGCAGUCGCGCGUGGCGGGCACGUUCUUCCUGUGCCUGGCGGCCGUGAUGUGCACGUUCGGACUGUGUCUGUGCCGGCUCGACUACCAGCUGUCGCGGCGCGACCAGGAGAAGGGCGCCGCCGACACCGGCGACUGCUACAUCCACGACGACACGAGCCGGUGUCACCGGGUGCUGCCGAGCAUCCAGCGCGCGCGACGCUCCACGCAGCGCGCCAAGCGGCACGUGCUGCGCCAGCUGGACGAGCGCUGGACGUCGGCCGCCGCCGGCCGCCACCGCGAAAAGACCUUCUCGUCCAUAGAGCUGCUGACGUCGGCGUCCACGGAGUCCGUCAGGUGUGGGAAGUGUAACGAAGCCUCGUCGUCCCACGGUGCAAUGGAAAGCUCAGACGUCGCCAGCUUUCCGUCCUGAGGCGAAGUCCAAGCACCUGUGGCGCAUGGGGCCGUUUGGAUACACACGAUGGCUGCCUCUCAAAACCAGUGCUCACUGCUCAUAUCUUCAAGGGCCGACGGAUUUUGCACGGAUGUGUCAAUUUUGUUAAUAUGCGAGAGAAACGUUAAUGGUAUUGGCUUACGUAUUGGCUAUGGUAUUGGCCAAACGUUACCGCUAUUGGCUUUGGAAUAGGCGACAUACCUACCUACAUACUGAAUGCUGGUAUACCGACGUGAAACAAUCAGAAUUCAGAAUGAUGUCGCUCAACUCGCUCGCUGUGAAGUGCUGAAGUGUCUUUUAUAUUCAAUCUUGUCAAACGUAUUUCCUGAAACGUAAUACUGUAAGUAUGGUACAUACAUUGUGCACUUUGUCGUUGCUACCUUUAUCGCUCACUGUAUUUGUCAUAACUGUUAUGAGCAAUAGCAAUACACUGCUACGAAUAAUUAUGGUACUUGCUUGUUUUUUUUUCUUUCGCGUAACAACGUCGCCCAUUAGGUAAAAUUGUGCCCCUAAUUGUGCACAUACUAUAGUAUAGCGGGCUGCGUUUGUUUGGAUCAAUGCACGUGUCGUGCCCGUAUUUAAAACACCUAUGUAAAUAUAAAAUUGUGUGUUUCACUGCA